GCGUUUUGCAAGCCAGCCACCGCAGGCAUAACCAUUGAACAAAGCGGAUUGCACGAUGAGACGUGUCAGGGCAACGCUCUUAGCCCUGCUGCAAGCAGUCCACUGCUUCGCGCCGCGGCGCCUGCACCAGCCACACUCUCCUGCAACCAAGGGCUGCACGCGGCGACGACGACGGCUGUCCGCCACCAACGAGGAUGUCCUUGAGGCGAUAAAAGCUCUCAGCGCUCGCAUUGAUACGCUGGCCGCCGACGUCGAACAACUGAAGUCGGCCCGCGUCGACGGCCUCGAGGCGGAGCUAGAACGACUACGAACAGCACCACCCGCACCAAUGACGACGGCGGAGGCGCUGCGGACGCCACCAGAACCCAGGACAUCCGCGCGCACGGCGCCUGGCCUCAACGCCGCUCUAUCGGCGCGGGCGGCGUUGGGCGCGGUCCGCGGGCAGGCGCCCGCGACGUCGCCGGCGCUGCGGCGCGCGGCCACGACCUACGACGCCGACGAGGUCGAGGAGCUGGGCGGCGAGGCCUUCUUCUUCGAGGGCGGCGGCGGCAAGAACGACGAGUUCCUCGACGACGAGAUGGAGGAGCUCCUCGCGAUCGGCGGCGACCCCACGUUCCUCGAGCAGGCGCGAGGGGGUAGCGGCGAGUUCGAGUGGGACGGCGUCGAGGACGACGCCGCGCACUUCGACGACCCCGUCGACUAAUUUCUACAGGUAUAGUUCACUUAACACUAGGAGCUUGAGGCGUAGCGGGCCGCGGGCGCGCA